AUGCCACGACCGCUUGUCAUCUCUGGGACACUGGAGAGGGCCUGCCCAGAAUCUCAAGGCCUGGAUAACGACGAUGAUGAUGACAAUGAAGAACUCAGCUACCCCUGUCACUCCACAUCUCCUACAUCCCAGUCCAAGGGCCACGACAGCUCAGGCGAUGGUCAGCUGGAGGAUCCAGGUGAAUCCAUUCCAUUUUCAUUAAGGGGUUUUUUAAAACCCAGGCACUCUUGCACAGUGAAAGAUGAAGGGCUGAAAAAUAGAAUGUAUGCCAAGAGCUUGGCCAGGCAUGCACUGGAACUUGAAGAGGAUGGUCAGGAGUUUCAGGAACCAUUUUACAAAGACAUGGGAAUGUCUGGCAGCUUGUCUGAAGAUGAGGACAAUAGCUGGACCAGGAGCUAUCACCUUCCUGUGCAUGAAAGAUCACAUGGGUCCAGAGUCACCAAUAUGGCACCAUCCAGCUCCUAUGACUCUUUCCAACAUAACCCAGGCAAGCACUUGGAGGUGGAAGCGUUUGCCCCAUGGGUCCAUGCCAGCCACCCUUAUCUCACAUACCCGGAGCACACCAGGGUAGCACAGCCCCACAUGCUCCACGAAGAGUCCAUUGGGGACAGGGAGUUCCCUUCCCUGCAGCUGACCUACGAAGAGCUCAGGGAGGAGAACUGCAUGCUUAGGUGGAAGAUCAGGAGCAUGCAGAGCUUCUCGGAAAGCCAAGCACACACAGUGAGGAGCCUAGAGAGGCGUUUGAAAGCCAGUAUGGUCAAAGAGGAGAGAGUAGCCCAAGGGUUAGAGUCCCUUGUCCAGCAGACUGGACGGAGUCUCCAACUGAUGACCCAGAGGGCUCUGGAGGCAGAAAACAAUGUGGAAAAGUUGAAGCAGGAGAUGUUUUUUCUCCAGGGAGAGCUGGAGAGUUUUAAGGUGGAGAAUGAAAACCUGAGAGCUGGCCAAACUACUGACCUGGGGGCAAUGAAGCAAAACAUAGACAUCGCCUUGCAGAAUCUCCACAGGAUAGUAACUGGUGCAAACUGGUCCAUCAGACAGUUGGUCUCUGGAACAGAAUUGCUGCAUUUUGUUGCUGAACUCCUCAAAUCUACAGGCAAGAUUUCCGAAGUUGAAGCAGAAGAUGGUCUAUGA